AAAAAAAAAAAAAAAAAUCCCAAGCAUGAGCGAACGUACCAAACUCGUGGUACGCCAUCUACCACCCAGCUUACCCGAGGAAGUCUUCUGGAAAACUCUUUCGCGUUGGCUGGAACCCAUCCCUCGGGAGGAUGGCACCCUCGACCCACCCAGAUGUACUGCGACCUUCAAAUCAUACGUACCAGGCAAGACCAGGCGAAACAAAACAAAAGUCGAGAUCCCUUCAAGAGCUUACAUUCAAUUCGCAACUCCCGACCAAGUCGUCGAAUUCCACCAGGGGUACGCCAGCCAGGCUUUCCGGGAUAGUCACGGAAAUGUGACAUUCCCCAAGGUAGAAUUUGCUCCUUACCAAAAGGUCGCUGGCCCACCCAAGAAGAUUGACAGUCGGAUUGGGACCAUAGAUACAGAUCAUGAUUAUCAAGCAUUCCUCGCCAGGCUUAAUGCACCAGUCCCUGAACCUAGCACUAACCCUGACAAGCCAGAUGAGGCGCCAGAAAAAGUCGAGCGACCCGAAAUAACACCGUUGAUCGAGCAUCUUCGUAAUGCCCGCCAGGCUGCCCAAGAGGCCGCGCUGACUGCUAAACAACAAAGGCAAGCAGCCACCUCUGCCAAAUCUACAUCUGGCCGCUCAUUUGCUGGCCCACCUCAAAUCAUGAAAAGGGUGGCAACAAACAACGAGAGCAACCAGCCAACCGGCGUCUCAUCACGCAAAUCUGGUGAUCCUGCAUCCCACGAUCCACCUCCUCACAAAAUCGAUUCGGCACCAUCGACUUCAAAAGGAGUCAAGCAAACGGGGAAGUCUUCGUCAACAGCGGCUGCCUCAACUGGCCAAACUACAUCUGCCG